GCACCAUGUUCCCUCGAGGGUGGACUAGCACACAUACACAUGCACAUACACACGCACACAUGCAUAAACAUACGGCUGUACGUGUACGGCGAAUACCAACGCGCCGGCAAACCAAGCAUUUCUGUACAGGGUGUGUUUCGCUAUGCAACGGGUGACCCACGAGUGCUGCUGGUGCCAGUGGCAUGGGAUAAAGUUGUUUACUAGCUGUUCCAGUAAAAGUAGAAAACCGAUAAGUCCUAAGGCGACACGAAUUUCCGUAAGGGAUCUGACCGAGCGACACUUUGCGGACACCCGUUUCGUCGCGGUAUAUAGGAUCGAUAGAAGGACAGCAAACGUGUGGGGAGAGUGGAGUUCGUAUCCUGCGGAUAAGGGAACGGCAUCCAUAAAUUACGACGCAACUCUGCAGGCCUCCGAUCCCGCGGGGUCCACCGAUACUUCAGCCAUGUAUACGCUCGAUGGGUCGCGCGACUGAAACGACUGAGCGAAAUCGUAUCUUUCCUGGAAGCGCCAUUCUAUCGGCAGGAAGCUCCUCGACGAUCGCGAUGAUCGAAUUCCUUUUGCGCGCGAUGUCGGUCCCUUGGAAAGGCACUACUCUCGCUCUGGAAAGAAGCAGCAGUAGCCUCUCAUCUGAUCGUGCUCGACACAAAAUUUAUCUGUAUUAUUAAAUUAACACAAAACAAAAUAUAUUUUAGAAUUUUACGUGCAAUUUUUUCCAGAAAUAUUUGACGCUUUAAUGGCCCACUUUGUAAAAGAGAAUGAAUUUAUAAGAAUAAUAUUAUUUUUAUUGCGAUUUAUAAAAUAAAUACACCUUUUUCUAUGAUUUUGGACUUAUUUUAACAUAAAUGUUAAUUAUUUCGAUAUAUAUAUAUACACCGAAAAAAUAGUUGCGCUAACAAUAACAUCACUAUAAUUUAUAGUCAUUUUUGGACUCUACCAAAUUUUUAUAUUUAUAGUUAUUCAAAUUAUAAUUUUUUUAAACUAUAUUAAAGUUUUUAUAUUUAUAAUAUUGGUUUAUACAACUUAUGAUAUGGUUGUCAUAACCAAAAUGGAGAUUUAAAUAUAGUAAAUUGUACCAUAAAACAA